AUGGCGCCCCGCACAUCCAACAAGAGCAUCCCCGUGCCGCGUGACCAGGCCAGAGCUUCGGCACGUAGUGACGGACAGCAAGCCGCGUGGAGGAGCAGCCUCGACCUGGUGUGGUCCUACUCGCGCUCACAAGCAUUCUAUGGCAACAACAUCGCCACCUCGCCGUCGUUUGUAGAAAGCAGGUGGGCGGGCCGCGAUCCCGACGACGGCGACAGCAUCUACGAGGACGACGAGGACGAUCUCUCCGGCGACGAGAGCACCGACUACGAUGCCAGCACCUCACACUCUCGCUCCGGCACCGAUGCAGACACUGACGACGCCUCCAUGGCGAGCGAUGCAAGAUUCGGCCCCUCGGACGAGUUCGACUGGGAAGGCGAGACCUUGCCACCCAAUGCCACGCAACGCACACGGCGGCGCUCCAAGCUCAGAGACCGCCGGCUCGAGCAGCUCGAGAGCGCCGACGAGGACGAGCGCAGCAGAAGCAGGAGCAGAUCGCCCAAGCGUCUGUCGGGACCGCGUGAACGCGCCUCCAACAGCAAGCUCAACCCCUCCCGCUCAGACGCCAACCGACAAUCCCGCUACUCCACUGCGUCCGGUCAUGUUCUUCGCGAUCCCUUCGCCGAUGAUGAAGCCAAUCUUGCCAACGCAAGUGCCGAGAAUGCCCCCCUCCUUUCGCGCGACCCCACCUCGGACGCCGGCGUGCCCAGGCGCAAGUCGGCCUCCUACGGUGCAAUCCGCCGCCACUCGGGCUCCGGCACAGUCUCUCACCGCUCCGAAUCCGGUCUCCAGCAGCUGCACGAGCUCGGCACCAGCACCCUCCUUCAGUCUUGGUUCAAUACGGUCAACGCUCUCGUAGGCGUCGGCAUCCUCGCCUUACCUCUCGCCUUUUCCUACGCUGGCUGGUUCGGCGGCACCGUCCUCUUCCUCAUCUGUGGACUGCUCACCAACUACACGGGCAAGGUGCUCGCAAAGAUCAUGUCCAAGGAGCCGUCGCUGCGCACCUACGCCGACAUUGGCAGCUAUGCUUUUGGGCCUUCCGCUCGCAUCCUCAUCAGCCUCUUCUUCUGCUUAGAACUCUGGGCCGUCUCGGUAGCGCUCAUCAUUCUCUUUGGCGAUUCCAUGGCCGCCAUCUUCCCCGACGUCGCUCCUUCGGCCUUCAAGCUGCUCGGCUACCUCAUCGUCCUGCCGUCCGUCUUCCUACCGCUCAAGUUCCUGUCGCCCAUCUCGGUGAUCGGCAUCGUGUCCACCUUCACGCUCGUUGUCGUCGUGGUCAGCGACGGCCUGAUCAAGAAGCACGCACCGGGAAGCCUGUGGGAGAUCGCACCCACCACGCUCGGGCCACGCUGGAACCGGCUGCCGCUCAGCUUCGGCCUCAUCAUGUCGGGCUUCUCGUCGCAUCCCAUCAUUCCGUCGCUGGUGCGCGACAUGAAGGACCCGACCAAGUUCCCGCGCAUGCUCAAUCUCGCCUACGUCGCCGCCACCGUGCUCUACCUCGGCAUGGGCAUGGUGGGCUAUGCCAUGUUUGGCGUGAGCGUCUCCGACGAGAUCACCAAGGACCUCGCGCGCACCCCCGGAUUCCCCGUCGUGCUCAACAGCAUCGCCAUCUGGCUCAUCGUCAUCAAUCCGCUCUCCAAGUUCGCGCUUGCCACCAGGCCCAUCCAGACCACCUUUGAGAUUCUGCUCGGCAUCGACGAUCAGACGGCAGCGAGGAUGGAGAUGCGCAAACGCAGGCGCUCCUCGGCAGCGCGUUCCAUCACCAAGGCGCAGUGUGUCAAGCCUACCUCGAGUGCGUUGGAGGCUGAAAGCGCGGCGACAGACCGCGUCGCCCAGCUGACCACCGAGGCAACGGGUGCGCCGCUCUCGGUCUCGCCCCUUCAGCGUGUCUCGUUCGCCACUCCCCAGGUGGCCGCCCAAGAAUCGUCUCCUGGCGCGACGGCGAACGGUGCGCUUGGCGCCGAUCCAACGACGGCAGAGGGGGCAGCCGACGACAAUCCGCUGGCGGGCUCAGCAGUGUCGAUCCGUGCCGCCGAGAUGGCGCAGAAAUUGUCGCCGCGCAUGCGACGCAACUGCCAGAUCGCGCUCAAGAUCGGGCUGACGGCGCUCAUCGCCGUGACGGCCGUGGUGCUGCCGGGCUUUGAACAGGUGAUGGCGUUCCUGGGUGCGUUCCUCGCGUUUGCCACGUGCGUGUUUGGCCCGCUGCUCGCCAAUCUCAAACUGUUCGGUGCCGAGAUGCGACGCUGGCGCAUUGCACUCGACAUUCUCAUCCUCGCCGCCUCGGCCGUCAUGGCCGCCACAGGCACCGUCUGGGCUUUUCUCUAG